AUGGCUAAUAAUCUCUUCUUAGAAGAUAAAAAAGCUUAUGAAAUGGAAAAUCCUAAAUAAUUAUUAGAUAUUGAUUAUUACUUUAAAUUAUGCAAUGAUAAACCUAUUAUUGGAUAUAUAGAAGAUCCUAUCAAAAGUGAUGAUUUAGACGGUUGGUUGAAAUUAAAAAAUAAAUUUGCAGAAAAAAAUGUUUAUAUUUCUAGUAGUUUUUUAUAUAGUUCUGUUUAAAAUAUAAAAUAAAUAAGUAUAAUAGAAGAUAAAGAUAGCAAACCAGAUUUAAACUAAUAAUAAAUUAUUGAUUUAAACGCAAAAAAAUUUGACUUAGAUUGCUGUCAUUAUAGACCGUUUGAUUUUGCAACAUUGUCUGAAUUUUUAGAAAUAGCUAAACUUGCUAAUGAUAAAAAAAAAAGUACUGCAAUUAUUAUUUAAGAUAACUUUGAAGAAUUUGAUGAUAUAUCUUUAAUAGAUUUAGCAUUUGGAUUAAAAAAUGCAUGGAUUAAUUUAGCUCCACCUUUAAAAAUGGAAAGAAUUAUUAAAUAUAAUCGUUUAAUAGAAAUUUUAUAAUUAUAAUGA